AUGAAUCGACAGUCUGCAUAUAACGAUGAUUCAUUCUCGCUCACUAACCUGGACGACGAGUUAAUGGGCACAUCUACGCGUCGCGUUGACGACCUCGAUUACGAAUUCAACACUUCCACCCUCGACCGUGCUUUCCCCGAAUUCUCACAAAUACAAACAUCCGAAGAGGAAGAACAGCCAGAAAUGGAGGACGAACUCACACACAGCGAUCUCGAAAUGUCCGUCGAGGUAGGACGCGGGGCGACCAACCAAAUACGCGACGAUUCGCGAAAUUCCAUGAUGAGCUUUGAGAACAGUGUACGCUCCUCUUCACCUGCCAUGCGCGUUGAAUACCCAACACCCCAGAAGCCCACAUCAACGCGUCCAUCACGCCGUGCAGUCAGUGAAAAUCUACGGAAGAAUGCUCAGGUCCGGCGAGCAACCCAAGCACAGAAAGAGAAUAUGAGCCCACAGGUCUCCAAGACCCAACGGGACCAGCGUCGCACAUUCUCAGACAUGCACGCCAAGGUCCGAGACAGCUACGAGGGUUCGUUUUUGGAAGAUGAACGCCCCUCUCCGAUGACAACGAAGACGCGUUCCACGCGUUUUGGAAAUGCCAACACCUCACAAGAAAUCGCCGACGCCGUGGAGCGGGCCUCGCACGAGGCAUAUGCGAAAGAAAUGCGCAAGACCACAUCCAACGCUGGAACUCCUCGCAAAGGCAGUGCCAAUGCCAACAACGCUGUUGGCGACACAAUGACCCAUCAAUCAUUCCUUCUCCCCGACCUGCCCAAUAUCUCCGAACUUGUCUCCGGUGUAUACGAAGACGGUACACCUGUUUACUCGCGCCAGGGCAAGAUGCGCUCUACCCGAUUCGUCUCUCCCCUUCAAGACCACACCGAUGUCUCCCAGCCCCACGACCACAUGCCGCUGGAUGCGGUCCCCGUCCCUGAGGAUGAGAAGGCGCUAUUUGUUCACCUUCGACUGCUCCAAGACAAAGUGGCGGAACUCGAAAUGUUUAAAUCUGACGCAGAAAAGCGAAUGGAUGGCUACCGCCAUGAAAAUGCUGCUCUGAAGUCGAACAAGCCUCGUCAAUCAACGAAGCAUGAUUCGGAAGAUCAUGAAUAUAAGAAGGGAUUCAAGCGCUUGGCAGCCGAGAAUCAAAAAUUGGAAGCCGCCAACCUCGCAAUGCAAAACCAACUGGAUAUUGCGGAUCGCAAGGCUCAGGUUCAAGAGUCUGCCAUCAAGCGUUUGAACCAUGACAGAGAGUCCGCUAUUACCCAACUGGGAGCCGCCUACCUGGAAGGUCGAGAACUCAAAGUGGAGAAUGAAGAGUUGAGGGUCGAGAACGCAGAGCUGCAGUCUCAAAUUAGCCGAUUGUCCAACCGGAGAUCUCGUGAACAGGAUCCCGUUGAAGCUGAUGCUAGUUCUGAUGCGGAUGAAAGUCAGGUCUACACCGAGCCCAGUGGAGACAUGAGCCGCAGUACCAAGGAUCUCACGUCGAGGAGUGCCCGCUCUCACACCAAGACUAAACGCCAAGAUGAUUCUCGCUCAAAGGUGUCCACUCAAGUGGAUAGAGAGAUCUCUCGGCUUGAGAAAGAACGUGCCGAUGAUGCUCUUUUCUCUAUCGAGCUAGGAUCACGACGGACCUCAGCAUCUAAGCCCAAGACCAAUGCCACUCGCUCUUCUGAAUCCAAGAGCUCCCGCAAACAACCAAAUACCAGCAAGCAGCGUGUGAAGCGAGUCGUCCUCGAGGAUACCACCGAGCCUGAAGUGUCUAAUCAAACCAAGGCUUCCUCAGAGACAGGUGAUAUCUCAUUGUUAAGCAUAAUUGAUGAGAAUGAAAUCUCCCGACUCCGCAGGACACUGGAGGAGGAAAGGUUGAUGCGCAAGCAACGUCGCGCAAGCAACCCAAAGGAAACCAAUCCCACCGACACCAUCAACUCAACUCGACAGAGCAUCUUGAAGAACACUGCCCCACGCAAGUCUGCUCUGCGUGAAAGCAAGCCAGAGAUCCCCCGCCCAGCAUCGGCUCUUGGUGAUCAUACCGCUGCCUCCAAAGCAGCCACAGAAGGAGACAGCAGCCUCUCGGUGCCGAUCCCAGAGCGCUCCCGGCGCCAUUCAGACCACUCAUUGCCCACCCCUACACAACGCAAGAAGCAGCGCAAUGUCCCGGAUAUGACAUCUGCUUUCAUCCUUCCUGACAUCACCCUCCAUCACGUGGACUUGGCCGCGAGUGACCCAUCCAAACUCCCCCAGGAGACGCAGAAAGCAUUGGACGGCAUUGCCCAACACAGUGGCAAGAACUGCACAGUCUGCAAGGGUCACUCCAACGAUUGCAACCAUGAGUCAGUGAAGGUUCCUAAACCUGUUCCUGUCUCAGAGCGUAUGCCGAAGCCAUCUGUCUACAAUGAGGAGCCCACUAUGCGCCCCUCGCAACCCCCUGCGGUUGCCCUGGCUACUGUCCUCAAGGCACUCGAGGACGAGCUCUCCCACCUUAAGAUGCAACUUGCUACCUACCAAGCCGCAUACAACAAGCUUGACGCAUCUCUUGGCAAGCGCCCGCGCAAGGCCCUCCAAGAGAAGAUCGACAAGCUCUUCAAGGACAUUGACAUGAAAGCGGAUCAGAUUUAUUCCCUUUACGAUGUCGUCGAGGGCCAGAAACAGGAUGGUCAUGAGAUGACCGAGCAGGAAAUGGAAAUGACUUUGGAGUCUAUUGGAAUCGAUGCUGGUCACAUCGACAUCACCGCUACGACUGACAAGUCCUCUCGCCACGGCCAGAUUGACCUUGAUGACGAGGAGGAUUUGCCUUGGGAGGGCAUUGAAAGCACUGGCGAUAUGACUGGCCACCUUUCACUUGGACAUUGA